UGGGCAGAGGCAAAAUCCACGCUCAGGGGUCUCUUUACCAAGACGAGGUCUUCAAGCCCUUUCUGCAGGGCGAGGUGGCGCUACAUUCCCACGCUCCUCCUCCACGGCAGGAUCGCGAACCUCCUACAGGAAUUCCCUCCCGGGUUCCUCCUCCCACCAUCCCUUCUCCGCGCCUUUACCAAGAUGGCGGCGAGCCCAUUUCCGGCUUGUGUUCUUAAGGGCGCGUCCGGGCGGCUGCUGCAAGUGUCACCCAGAGGGUUCCAGCCUCUGUACUGCAUAGACUACAGCGGUGAUGGCGGGCAGGCGGUUUGGCUGGAGCCGGGCGGCUCUUCUCCAGCUGAUUCUUGGUGUGAACCUAAUGGUGAUGCCACCCACCCAGGCCCGGACUCUGCGUUUCGUUACCUUGCUGUACCGACACGGAGACCGCUCUCCAGUGAAGACGUAUCCCAAGGACCCCCAUCAGGAAGACAAAUGGCCCCAGGGCUUUGGUCAGCUAACCAAGGAGGGGAUGCUCCAGCACUGGGAGCUGGGCCAGGCUCUACGACAGCGCUACCAUGGCUUCCUCAACGCCUCUUACCACCGGCAAGAGGUGGGACUGGUGUUGCCACCUCUGCAGGUUUAUGUGCGAAGCACAGACUUUGACCGGACGCUCAUGAGUGCGGAGGCCAACCUGGCUGGACUCUUCCCGCCCGACGGGAUGCAGCGCUUUAACCCAAACAUCUCUUGGCAGCCUAUCCCUGUCCACACUGUGCCCAUCGCCGAGGACAGGCUGCUGAAGUUCCCGUUGGGCCCGUGCCCCCGCUUUGAACAGCUGCAGAACGAGACCCGGCGGACACCGGAGUAUCAGAACAAGAGUGUUCAGAAUGCACAAUUCCUGGAUAUGGUGGCCAAUGAGACAGGGCUCACGGACCUGACACUGGAGACCAUCUGGAAUGUCUACGACACGCUCUUCUGCGAGACACACGGGCUGCCCCUGCCGCCCUGGGCCUCGCCCCAAACCAUGCAGCGUCUGAGCCGGCUGAAGGACUUCAGCUUCCGCUUCCUCUUCGGGAUCUACAAGCCUGCAGAGAAGGCCCGGCUGCAGGGGGGUGUCCUGCUGGCUCAGAUACGGAAGAACCUGACGCUGAUGGCAACCGCCUCCCAGCUCCCCAAGCUGCUGGUCUACUCUGCGCACGACACCACCCUGGUGGCGCUGCAGAUGGCGCUGGACGUCUACAACGGUGAGCAGGCCCCCUAUGCGUCCUGCCACAUGUUUGAGCUGUAUCAGGAGGACAGUGGGAAUUUCUCGGUGGAGAUGUACUUCCGGAAUGAGAGUAACCGGGCCCCCUGGCCCCUGACCCUGCCCGGCUGCCCUCACCGUUGCCCGCUGCAGGACUUCCUCCGCCUCACGGAGCCCGUCGUGCCCAAGGAUUGGCUGCAGGAGUGCCAGCUGGCGGGCGGGCCCGCAGACACAGAGGUGAUCGUGGCCUUGGCUGUCUGCGGUUCCAUCCUCUUCCUCCUCAUAGUGCUGCUCCUCACCGUCCUCUUCCGGGUGCAGGCCCAGCCUCCUGGCUACCGCCACGUUCCAGACGGGGAGGACCACGCCUGACAACCACUCAGCCCCCUUCCCUCUGCCUCCUAGGGGAGGUGGGCUGGGCCCUUGCUCCUGACUGCUGCUGCUCCCCAGCCCAUGGACAGGAGACCCUGGGUUGGGCCUCCCUCUGAUCAUCCGCACCUAGAUGAACAAGUGAGGCUCAGCUUGGCCCGAGGCACCUGUCACCCAGCAUCCACGUGCCUGACAUUAACCAAGUACUAUGUUGGACACUGGCUUCCUCCAAACAGAAUGUGCCUCCUCCGUGCUCCCUUCUGAGGACAUGAAAUGUAGACAAGUGCCCCAGUUUCACUCAGGACCUAGGAGAAAAAGACUGAAGGAGACGGUGCUUGAUCUGCUUGGCCUCUCCAUCAAACCCUGCUCUGUCUUCCAACCCAGUCUCUGGCAGAUGGCCCUGAGGACACGGUCUUGCCUCUCACCUCUCAGUGCUUAUUUUAGCGGGAAGAAAGGCCCAACACUGGGGGUACAGACACUGGCUGCCAGGGAACCAGGUCACCCAAGAGCCAGCCAGUGACGUUUGUCCAGCUGAAGCCACCGUUGUUAACUCGAGUGAGAUGUAAUGCCUUCAGCAUCUUUGUCACCCCUCACCUUGAGCCAGUUGGAAGGAGGUUUGUGCUUGGGAGGGAGUCGGGGGUGGCAGAGAGGAGACGGUGAGUUGUGGUACAGAAUCUUGACACCACUGUCCCCACCCUUAGUGGGAGUGGGAUCCCUAGGUUGUGAGCUGAACAGCUCUAGACUGUGGCCCAGAAUAGGACUGAGACAGCUUCCAGAGAAUGAAGGUUUGGGACUCCCAGUGCUGGUUCUAUGCCUUUUCUUCAUUUGGGGGAGCUGAGGAGCCCUUUGACCAGAUCAGAGCUAGAAGACCCACUCAGAAGCUUAGUUGGGUAUGGUUUUAUUGGCCAUGUGAAUAGUGAGCACAAAUUGAAAACCACUGCCUGACCCUCUGCCACUGCAUGUCAGAGAGGAGAAAGAAGAGAAGCUCGGCUCCAGGCUAGAUACAGCAGAGACCCUUGGGGCGGCGAGAUUGCCAACUCUGGAGUUUCUGGUCUCAGUCCAAGCCCGUGUCCAGUCCCCGAAUCGCGGUCCCAGCGCCCCAGCUCCAACUCGAAGACUCGGAUACCUCGGCCCUUUAAUACGAAGCCGCCUCUUCUCAAAGAACUUGUUCUCGUGGGGCUCCAAGCCCCUGCCUGGCCCCCGCUUCAUUAACAUCUCUCAUUUCUGAGUCCCAGCAUCCUCCAGGCUCCAAACGAGAAUGUGAUAACCUAGGAGGAGUGAGACCAGAGGCACCUUCCAUCACCAGCCUCUGAGAACUUGGAGCUGGCGUGGGGAACCUAGGACUUGGUCAGGAGACACCAGGCAACUGGGCAGAAGCCAGACAUUGCUAUGGCCAAGACUCAGCAAGAAGGAUGGCUCUAGGUCCAGAGACCGCGGUCUCCUGGUUGUCAUCCUCACUGACUAUAUCCUGGGGGUGGAUGGAGCAGUGCUGAGCUUGGGUGAGCCCGCACUGAACCUUGGGGAGUAGGGUGGGCUUGACUGGCCUAAUGUACACUCACCCAUCACGGAGGCCAGCGUGUCCCCCAUGGGAUUGAAUUCAUUGAGCUGCAGAGACAAGGGGAUGAGCAUGAGGAGGGAGUGGAAAUACCAGAAGAAGGGCAUGUGAGGAGUAACUGGUCAUUUCUGAUCCACGAGGUUGAAUCCCUGCUUCCUCCCAUUUAUUAUUUGAGGGCCCAGGCCUCACCGACAUGAUACCAGAAGAUUCUGGGUCAUACAGCUGAUACAUGAUCUUUCCUGAGCUUCCAUCAAACACAUCGAUCGUCCUUAAUUCAUGGGGGGAACAACUUUUGAAAUUAGGAUCUGGGUAUCGGCCCACGACAAUGAGGUUGUACCGAGGAUGCCAGCUUGCCUAGAAGAUGGAGAGGCAGGUCACAGGAGUAAACUCAGAACAGCAUUGAGAGGGACAUAAGAAGUAUCUUUGCCAGCGACAACAAUGGUUAAUACAACUGCCAGCAAUUUAACAACGGAGGUAAGACCUACAGGAAACAACAAGAAUGGUUUUGAAGUGCAUGUGCAUCUACCAUUGCAAAAGUAAAAUCCCCAGCAGGCCUCCCUGUGACCCUCAGGACACAUUCAGGCCUUCUCUCUUUGCAUUUCCUGACAUUGUACCAGCUGAUGAGUAUUUUAACAUCAGCGUGACCCAAGUGAAAGUGAUAGUAUAGUCCCUCAGUCGUGUCCUACUCUUUGCAACUCCAUGGACUGCAGCCCACCAGGCUCCUCUGUCCAUGGGACGCUCCAGGCAAGAAUACUGGAGUGGGUUGCCAUUCCCUUCUCCAGGGGGUUUUCCCGACCCAGGGAUCUGCAUUGCAAAUAGGACCUCGGUUCUGAGCUCAUCCCACGGGUCUCCCUGUCAGGGAGUUGAGUAGAAAAUGGCGAGUGGCUGAAAAGGGGGAGGACCCCUCUGUUCCCCAGAUCACCCCACUUGAAACAAACCCAGCAGUUACUAGGAUGACAGAACUGAAUGGGAUUUUCCCAAGAAAGCUUUUCAGGGAAGUUCUGAAGGGUUAGCAGGAAGAAAGAAGUGCUGCAGGCAACGGCUUGGAGAUAAGUCACAAGUGACACCUGGGACACUGCUGGGCUGACUGAUUUGAUACCGAGAGGGAGAUAAGGAAGAAAGGAUCAAUGGGAACACCAACUGCUGAAGGGCUGCUAUUACAGAGAGCUUGGAUUUGAUUUGAGGUACGUUAUGCUAUGCUAAGUUGCUCAGUCGUGUCCAACUCUUUGUGACCCUAUGUGACGCUGUAGUCCACCAGGCUCCUCUGUCCAUGGGAUUCUCCAGGCAACAAUACUGGAGAGGGCUGCCAUUUCCUACUGUAGGGUUGAGGUACGUGGGGGCCAUUCUAAUAGCAAAUCAUUAUUGUUUGCUGAGUACUUACUAGGCGCCAGGCAUGUUGCCACAUGCUUUAAGUACAUGGGUUCAUUCUCACCACAACUCUGUCAGUUAGAUAUUAUUAUUCCCUUUUUAUAGAUGAGGAAACUGGGAUCCCAAAUUUAAGUUACUUGCUGAAGGCGUCUAACCUGGGGGGGGCGGGGGAAUGGGGUCUGCCUGCCUGGACUCUGCUGACGACACAAGUGCAGGUAUGAGCUCUGGAGGUCCCAAGACGGGCUGCGGUUCUAGAAAAGAAUAUACUCUAGACGGCAGGAGGACCAGCAGAGUUCAGGCUGCUUGGGGCGGGGGCCGGCGGGCACAGAGGACUUGAAGACUGGGAGCCUUGGGGGCCAAGGCUAGAGAAGCCACAAAUGGCUUGGCUAACUAAGCCAAGUUAGUUUGUGGGUCAGCUGCAUACACAGGUAACCGAAACUGGGGGCAGAACAGAGGAUCAGGAUCUCAGAAAGUGCCCCACAGAGAGGAGAUCUGGGCUGCGUGGAAAGAACUCAGGAAAAUCAGCUUAUCAAAGAGACAUGAAGAAAACUCAGCAAAACGGGCUCACGGAGCUGGAGCAAAGGUGCAGAGCCAGCCAGGGCGAGAAGAGGGCUGGGACUGCAGGCUUCCCUGGCGGCCGCCUCCCCACCGUCACUUACCUUGAUGGGCGUCAGGUGCUGGAAGUGGCGGUGAGGGUGAGGGAUCAGGCUUGGCGGGCAGUCCCACCGGCAAGCAGAGUAAACCCGGAUCUCACUCUUCUGGUCAGUGGUCAGGAGCUGGGCUCCAUCGGGACUGAAAUGAGCUGGCAAAGCGAAAAGCCCCUGAGCUCAGGGGACCCCAGGUGGGCCCUAGGCUGGCCCUCACAGGCCUCCUGCAGGGGCACCUCCCUCCCACUUCUUUCUAGAGACGGGUGGCAGGGCCAUGAUCUGGGCCAUGAAACACCCAAGAGGCUCAGCAGCUGAGGGGGCAGCUAGAGACAGGAGGGCUCAGGACCUCUGCCUGGCCGAUGCUGUGCGGGGUUAAGGUCUGGCUGAGUGGCUUCUAUGCUUUGCGGGAAAGGCCCUGAAGCAGCCCGUCGGCGGGGUCUGCAGGAAGGCCGAGAUCUGGUAUAUCACACCUGCGUUGACAGGAUGCCUGUGCGGCAGCGAGUGGAGGAAGCUGGAUUUCCCUCUAACCUGGCGCAGAUCCCAGAUUUUCACCGUUUGAUCUACGGAGGCUGUGGCCAGGAGCCAGUCACAGCACGGGUUCAGGGCCACAUGGGUCACCUUCUUUUUGUGCAUUCUCAGAUUCCAAAGCUGCGGACAAGAGCUCGGUUCAGGCUGGGGCGCAGAACCGAGGCUGGGGGUCAGGAAGGGAAGGGGAGGGCCUGGGCUCUCGAGAACGCACCUCCCUGCCGUCCAUGUUCAGCAGGAUCACGUGCCCCACAUUGUCUCCCGUGACCACCAGUCGGCUUUUGACAGAUAUAUCCAGGCUGCAAAACCAGACGCUGGAGGGAGAGAUUGUGCUGUAAGACUCUUAGGGACAGAGGCAAGUUGCAUUUAUUCACUGCUGCAGCUCGUGUCUCACGCACAGUAGACAGUCAAUAAAUAUCCGUUGAGUGAAUGAAUAUCUUGUCAUGGACUCCCAGUGAGGAGCACUCAGACUUGUCCGCCAUCCCGACAAAGGGUUAUGGGGGUGAUGGGGCUCAGAAACUUGUCCAGUUACUUCUAGGCUCAGGAUCCUCACGUGGUAAGAGUCCCGGAAGCAGCCAGACCCAGAGCCGUAAGGCAAGUCCUCGAGUCGGGGCUUGCCCCCUCGCGCCCUGAGGACUCAGCUAUUGUUUUCUCUCUCCACUCUCCACCCUCUGGACCAAAGGAGAUGACACUCCAAACAGGGGCUGCCCAACUGUUCGUCACUGCUGGCUGGAAAGGCACUCCUGCUCCCUUCUGAGCACUUGGUGGGGGUGGGGGGGGGGGAGCACACCAGCUCGGAACUACCUGCUCUUUCUGUUGCUCAGACCACUUGCUAUGAAGAGACGAGUCGGGAGGGGCAGGGGGAGCUUCAGAGAUCCUCAUACCCGAUCAGGAGAGCCCAGAUUCAUUUUCCCUUCAAAUCUCUGCUACCCUGCUUUCUGCAUCCCUUGUAAACAUCUUUCGGGAGGAGGGCUCCUUGUGGAAGAGUAAGCCCAUCUGUCACCUGUCCCGUUGCUCCUGUAUUUCUUACCCCCGUCUGGCAGCCCAGUGCUAGGUAGAACCCCACACCCUCACUCACUUGGGGAGCAGAGUCAGAUCUCUGACUGGAAACCAAAGUGACAAGCAUUUUGUAAUUUCUCUAGCCACUUGAUCGUGGGGAGUCCAAAGUGCUUCGUGGACAUGAUUCUAUCCAUUUAGGCUUCCAUCAAGGAGCUGGCCAGGUCGUUACACCCCAGUGAAAGCAGGGAAUGGAAUCUUAAAGUUCUUAGUUCCUGCUCCAGGCUUCAAGUAGUUUUCUAGACUAAUGCCAUGUCGACUUGUCCAGUGAGAAUCCAGGUCUAGUCGGAUACAGGAAGGACUGACAAGAGCUGAGACCGUUCCCUUGCUGAGAAAAGCUGAGGUUCUAGAACCCGUCCCUGACACAGGAACCCACCUGGCCCAGAGGAAUAGCAGUUAAAGAGAGGGAAGGGUGAAAGGGAGCUAACCCCUUUCUUCCCCGUGCCAGGUUUGGGGAAAAGAAACAGGGUCCGGGUACUCUCGCCACAACUACACCGAGAGCCUAGAAGCCGUUUCCCCUCUUGAGUUGAAACUACUCACUUGCAGGUGUCUGAGCUGGCAAAAACUCGGAGAGUGUUGCCUUUAAAGUCUUGCAGCCUAGUUGUUCCCUCCAUUGAGGAGGUGAAAAACUGGUUGGUAUUGAGAGGGUUAAACUUCAGCCCCGUGAUGCUCCCUCCAGCUCCAAUCUAACAUAAGGAAGAAAAAAGUCAGUGAGUGACAGUGGCCCAUGAAGCGGACAAAGCUUGGGUGCACAUCCUCUGCUUGGACACAAGAGCCAUCAGGCCACACUUGGGGCCAGGCCAGCUUAGAUGCCUAGACACUGGGAUGCUGUCCACAGUACUGUUUCUCAAGGCUCUCGUUUUAUACCUUUUAGUGAACAUAGAGUAAAUUGGUUGUUUCUGGUAUACAGCUUUAUGAAUUUUAACGCAUGUAGAGAUUUGAACCACCACCACCAAAAUGAGGAUGCAGAACAGUUGUGUCACUUCGCCCCCAAAUCCCUCCUGCCCUCCUAACUGUAGUCACAUCCUCCCCUGGCAACCAAGGAUGAGUUCUUCGUCACCAUACAAGUUUUGCCUUUGAUGGACUGUCGUAUCAAUGACUUGUAGUAUGCAGCCCUUUGAGACUGGCUUCUUUCAUUUCACUCAGUGUAAUGCCCCUGAGUUUCAUCCAGCCUGCUCUGUAAAUCUAUAGUUCAUCCCAUUUUAUUGUUGAAUAGCCUAUUGUGUGGAUGUACCAUAAUGUAUCAUACAAGUGCUCUCUUCAGAAGAGCUUCAGCUUGGAACAGUGGCUGGGUUAGGUGGGCUGGUGUCAGACCUGAGCUCCUCAUUUUUUGCAGAUAUACCAGACAAUGAUGAUGAAGAUAAUCAUGAUAACAUUGGUAGCAUAACCUUAUUAAGUGCUUAUUAUAUAUCAAGUGCACUGUUUUAAGAACUUUAUAUCCUCCAGGCUCCUCCUCCAGUUCUCCUGUAUGUUGUUGCUAUCCCAGCCUUACUUCUACAAGGCCUCUUACACAACAUUCACUUAACUCACUCAGCAUACUAACUGGUACUUUCCAUUCCCUCUAUAAAACAUUCUAACUGAUGCCUAUGGUUCACCAAACCCUUGCUGCUAGUAAGUUAAUCUGCUCCCACUAGCUGAGUUCUAUGCUUAUGAAGGAUUAGACAUUGUGUUUGCUCUUAAACCUAGAUAUGUCAGUUGUACUUUGUAUGGUAAUCAUGUAACUUAACUAAACAUGUAAUUUAUUAAACAUUUAAACACAAAACAUUUCAUUAAAAUGUAAUUUAAUUAAAAUUGAUGAAAUAUGUGCAAAAA